UCAUAGUUAUUUAUUAGUGUAAGAAAUUGUGGAAACUAUUCUGUAUACUAACUGGCAACACCAGCUUUCUGUCUCUUUCGCUCCCGAUAGGGUUUUCAAGAUGAGUACGAAGAUUAUCAAAGCUGGCGCUGUGGAGGCAGACCCCUUCGAGACCUCGAUCUCGCAGGCUCUGGUCGAAUUGGAGACUAACUCCGAUUUGAAGGCACAGCUUAGGGAGUUGUACAUUACCAAGGCUAAAGAAAUUGAACUACAUAACAAAAAGUCUAUCAUAAUCUAUGUGCCGAUGCCCAAAUUGAAGGCGUUCCAGAAGAUCCAGAUCAGGCUGGUCCGUGAGCUGGAGAAGAAAUUCAGUGGCAAACAUGUAGUAUUUAUCGGAGACCGUAAGAUCCUACCUAAACCUAGCCACAAGACGCGCGUUGCUAACAAACAGAAAAGGCCACGAUCCAGAACACUGACAUCCGUGUAUGAUGCUAUCCUCGAGGAUCUCGUAUUCCCUGCUGAGAUUGUUGGCAAGCGUAUCAGAAUCAAGCUGGACGGCUCACAGCUUAUUAAAGUGCACCUUGAUAAGAACCAACAGACCACCAUCGAACACAAGGUGGACACCUUCCAGUCUGUAUACAAGAAGUUGACGGGUCGUGAAGUCACUUUCGAAUUCCCCGAGCCCUACUUGUAAAUUUAGACUGUAACUUUACAAUAAAACUAAAAAUAUAUUCACGGUUUUCAUUUUAAACUAGCUUAACUCUAAAAGUAAACAACCUAUUUGCAUUUCUUUGUCAUCGACACGAUGCAUUCUAAAGUUUCGCCAAAACCAUUAGUGUUCAU